AUGGAGGGCCUACGUCAGCCAGCAGCACGGCGUGGCUGGGAUCUCCUUCCAGCUGCAGAAAGGGAUGACCUUUCUUACCCUGAGGUCGUGGAUGCGUCGGGGGCCCUGAAGAAUGCAGAUUGGAACCCCCUCCUUCCCAAGGCUGGCAAGGUGAAGAGAGCCCCGGCCGUGCUUUCACGACCGAGUACGCCGGCCGCGGCCGUGCCUAGGGUGGCGGUCGCUCCUUCAGCCAGAGCAGCGGCCGUGACUUCAACCGCGGCUCCAACAUCUAGAACGCCGGCUGUGGUGGGGGCUCGAAAGACAUUGGCGCAUAGGACCGUGCCAUCUUCCCCGCCGGCACGACCAAUUGCUGCCGCUGCCCCGGGUCGCAAGAGGGGUCGAGAAACCUCAAGCACCGAGGCCGCAGUGAUUGCGGCCGUGACGGCCGAAAUUGUUGUGGUUGAGACGGCGGCGUUAGAGCGGCCGAGGAAAAGGGUCCUCCUGGAUCUCUCGGAGGACGAGGAUGAGGAGGAAGCUCCUUUGGUGGCUGUGAGUGAAGCCCCUCCUGCGACCGGCGAGGAAGAGGUCGAGGAGGAGGCUGCUGCCGAGGCGCCGGGUGUCGAGGAGGCGGUUGCUUCCGAGGCGAUAAUCCAGGAGGCGGCUGACCCCGAGGAGUUAGUCGCCGAGGAAAUGGUUGGAGGUGGCCACUGCCGAGGAUAUCGAAACGCUGGGUGCCGAAGAAGUGCCAGCUACUGA